GAAUGGUUAUCGACGAGCUGCUUAGCUGCUGUGUAACUAACUGGUAACUGGAAGGUAUUAUUCUAAUGAGAUUGUGUGUUACCGUAGCCUAGACUGUAACCCAAGUUUGUGACCGACCAAUGAGAGCAACCCUUAAAAAAGUCAAUUCGAUAUUGAAUUCGCACUAACUUGCUCCAAUUCGCUUCAGCUCGCAACAGUUCGCUUUUAAACUUUUUAGCUUCGCUCUAGCCUCUGCCUUAAGUGCGUGACGAUCGUGAUCUUAAAGAAAUCCAGGAACCAGACAUUAACCCUCCGAGAUCGACCUUAGCCACAUACGCUUAGACAAAUUGGCUCGCCCUCGACCGCUGAGACCGACGCGGAACUUAUCACCGUACCGAAAACAACGAUCGAUUGGCGCGACGUCGGUUAAGGUCCCCUGAAUUUCUCCCCGGACCCAUAAGAAAGCUGCCCAACUUACGACAGCGACCAAUUUUUUUCUCCCUCUCGAGUCUUCCUUCCCAUCCUUCGAACGUCCAACAAAAAUGGCGGCUUUACGACCAUCUCCCCGCCUCGCCUCACGAAUCCUAUCGCGGACACGCAUCGCAUCGCCCUCCGUCUCGCCGCUACCGAUAGCCCGAAUCCAACGAUGUAAUAGCGCACGGUUCUACUCGAGCGAGGAGCCACCCCCACCACCUCUGCUGCAGAAGCUCAAGGGUGACCUCAAGGCGGCCAUGCGAGCCAAAGACGCCCCGCGCCUCUCCGCCAUCCGGAGCAUCCUAAGCAGCGUUCUCAACGCCUCCAAAACCGCGUCCCCGAUCCGCACCGACAUCCAACUCGUCGCGCUUCUGCGCAAAACAAUCCGCGCCUCCGCCGACGCCAGCGCCGACUUCACGUCCGCGGGGCGCGAGGACCUGGCGUCCAAAGAAGCAGCGCAGAUCGCCGUGCUGGAAGAGUACAUAGCGCAGAGCGGGGUGCGAACACUGUCGCCCGACGCGUUGGUGGGUGUGGUGGCGGGCGCCGUCGAGGCCGCUGGGGGCGAGAAGGCGACUUUCGGCGCUGUGAUGAAGAGCUUGUUUGCGCCGGGCGGGCCGCUGGAUGGUGCGGAUGUGGAUAAGUCGCAGAUGGCGGAGCUGAUUAAGAAGAGCUUGGCUAAGUAAAAGGCGAAGUGAAGUGAC